GCCUCGCUCGCGGCCUGGAGGAUGAGGCGGCGCGGAGGAGGAGGAUGCCUCGCUGCUGCCGUUCGGGAGAAGAUGUUGACUGCAAGUUUCUUUGAAGAUCUACUGACGGACCAUGUGCCCACUCUGCUUUAAAAAAUAAAAUUUCAAAAAUUGCAGCAGUACAUACUGUGAUGGACUCUCAAAAUACUGCUAUGCUAGGGUUGGGUUCUGGUUCUGAAGGGUUUUCUGGGAAAAGCCCGUCCGCAGUUGCCACAGGCACAGCAGGAGGGAAGAGAGAGGUGGAACUCGAUGGUAGCACUAAGGAAGACGAAGAGGACAACAGGAGCUGUGAGGGAACUGCUGGUGACAAAGCUGGCAAAAAUGAAUGUGUGACGGAUGCCCAGCAACAAUUUUCUGUGAAGGAAACUAAUUUUUCAGAGGGCAAUUUAAAACUGAAAAUAGGCCUCCAAGCUAAGAGAACUAAAAAGCCUCCCAAGAACCUGGAAAAUUAUGUCUGUCGGCCUGCCAUAAAGACCACCACUACCAGGAGGGUGCAGAAGGUUGGGAAGAUGCCUGAAGAGAAGAAUGACCCUGGUCCAAUAAAACAAGAUCCAGCCAAGUUGUACAAGAAAGGCGGAGAAGCCACACCAAUAGUUGAAGGCUCCACGGCUGAAGGCAGACUGAGAGAAAGCAGCUUGCUUUCAAGAAAACUGUCACCACUGCGUUCUGAAGUGAUAGAUUAUGGGAAGUCAGCACUUUCUACUCCAAUCAGUAAUCACAAUCCAGAUUCAAAAGACAGGCUCAACGGAACACCAACGGUCACGGAAAAACUGGCUCAGCUGAUUGCAACUUGCCCUCCUUCAAAGUCUUCCAAAACAAAACAGAAGAAGUCGUCCAUGGGGAUUGCUACAGGAUUUGCAAAAGACUCUGGAAAGAAACUGCCUGUUGUGGUGGCCCCAUCAGCUUCGGCUAUCAAGGACUUUGUAAAGAAACAACCUGGAAAUAGCAAUGUGGGUGUUGUUUCGGGUAAUAAGGAGUUUGCAAAGAAAUCACCAGGGACUACUGUUGGCAUUGGGUUAAUCAGUAAGGAUUCUGGGGGCAAAAAACAACCGGGCAUUUGUCCCAAUAUGGUGGGGUUUGCUAGCAAAGACUGUGGGAGGAAGAUACCGAUCCUUAGUUCUCCGGUUGGACUGGUCAACAAGGAGAGCGGAAGAACAUCAUUAGCAACAGGCAUGCCACUUGGGUUGAUUAGCAAGGAGCCUGGGAAAAGACUGCUGGGAGCAAGCAGCCCAGUUGGGUCGGUCAACAAGGAUCCUGCAAAAAGGCUGCUGAAUUCUGUUAGCCCUCCUCCUCCUCCUCUGGUUAAUAAAGACCCUGGAAAGAAGCUUCCAGGGUCUGGCAAUCCAGUUGGACUGUUUAAUAAGAAUUCUGAGAAGAAACAUUCAGGGUCAGAUGGCCCAAUUGGAUUGAUUAGCAAGGAGUCCGGGAAAAAGCUGUCAGGGUUCAGUACAACAAGUGGGUUAGUUAACAAAGACUCUGGAAAGAAACUCUUGGGGGCUAGUGGGGUGGUCUCCAAAGAGUCUGGAAGGAAGCCAUUGGGGGUUAGUGGUCCAACCACCUUGAGUGGUAAGGACUCUGGGAAGAGAUUGGCGGGAACCAGCAGUCCCUGCAUGUUGACUAAUAAAGACUCGGGGUCAUUGAAAACGGAUCUGGCUAGCUCUUCCUCAGAGCCCUACAAACGGUGUUGUGGUGCAAACCUCUUGAACAUGGAAAGUCCUGGAUUUUUAAAGGACAAUGUUGGCAGUAAGCCGUUUGAAAAGCACAUUGCAAGGCCAAGUAAGGAGAGCACCCCAGAAAAGUUGCCAAUUCAAAACGAGGUCUCAAGUGGAAGCAAAGAAGGGAGCAGCAACAGUCAGCAGGAUGGCUCUCUGUCCAGCGAAAAAGUCCCUUCUGAAACACCUAAGCAUGACAAACAAGUGCCAGUGUAUUGCACUUCUCCUGACUUCAGAACAACCGGAGGCGCUUCGGAUGUCUCUACAGCCAAAUCCCCAUUCAGCGCGGUAGGAGAGGGAGGCCUCCCCUCUCCGUCCCCGGCUGCGUCUGUUACAACUUUAAUCCGGAGCCCCAACACAACCUUGGCUCAGUUAGCUUCCAGCCCAUUGCAUUUAAAUAGCACUCCUGAUUUCUUAGAAGGAAUUUCUGAGCAGAUUAGCAAGACCCCGUUUGCCUCCGAUAGUGCACGCUCGAGUAUGAACAGGCUGUCGAAUCCUAGCUCGCAAGCUACCAGCAAAGGGUUUGUGCGGGAGUUAAACAGUUCUGGUUCCGUUCACAGAGAUGAUCCUAAACUGAGCCCAAGCUUAGGCAAAAAACCCAGCCUGGCGACUGACUCAAGCGUCCGUGCCACCGUUGCCCCUUCAGUAGUGAGCUUCUCCAGCUUAUUUAACAAUAAGCCCUUUCUCAAGAUGGGAGCCAUGACUGUGUCAGGGAAACCGUGCCAAGGUGUGGAGUCCCUGAGCAGUGGUUGUAGCCCACAGACAAAGCCGUUUAAAAAAAGGAAAGGGAGGAAGCCCCGCUGGACCAAAGUCGUCUCUCGAAGCACCUGCCAACCUUCCAAAGGUCUCGAGCUCGGAAGGCCUGAACUUUUCAGUAACAUUUCUUGCAGCUCACUGUCAAACAGUAGCCUGGACCAGACCAAGCUAUUUAAAAGUGCAGGCCCUCUUUCCUAUGCAGAACGUGACUUUGCCAAGCAUCAUUUCCCGAAGCUGAGCAAAGCCAGCAGCAUGCAGUCUCUCGCUUUGUUAAACAGUGUUGAGAAAGAACCCAAUAAAUACUACAGUGCCCAUAUGCAGGCGUCUGUGGAGUGCAUUUCUGAUGACUUGCUGCCUGAAAUGUACAAGUCCAAAAGGAGUAGGUCAAAAUCUAAAGAGAUGCCCCACUUGGAAGGCCCCCCAAAACGGACUCUGAAGAUCCCUGCCUCAAAGGUUUUUUCAGUGCAGUCAAAGGAAGAGCAAGAGCCGCCAGUGUUGCAUCCGGAGGUAGAAAUUACCUCUUUUCGGCAGAGCCUCGUGGAAGACCCUUUUCCAAAGAAGAGAGGUCGCCCUAAAAGGCAGAUGAGGUCAGGGGUCAAAAUGCAACCUCCAGUCCUCUCCGUGGCUCCUUUUGUCACCACAGAGAGUUCUGACAAGUUGGAGUCAGAUAGUGAGGAGCAGCAGCAGAGUGGGGAUUUCUUUGAAGAGGCGAAUCCAUUAGGAGGUUCUGAGGAGCUUGGAAAAACGAGUGCCUGCAGCACGAGUGACCUUGAGGAAGAACCGGAUCGGAAGGAGACUAAGCGCAACAAUGGCCAGCUCAUGAAAACCAUCAUAAGGAAAAUCAACAAGAUGAAGACGCUAAAGCGGAAAAAGCUCUUGAAUCAAAUCCUCUCGUCCUCUGCAGCCGAACCAAAUAAAGGGAAAGUGCAAUCAAAGCUCCAAACGACAGUAUCGACGCUAGCUGCCACCUUUGGCUCCAAACUAGGCCAACAGAUCAAUGUAAGCAAGAAAGGAACGAUCUACAUAGGAAAGCGGCGAGGCAGGAAGCCAAAAGCUGUCCUGAACGACAUCCUGGCUGGCAAUUCCGGCGGCUUAAUUGUGUUUGAAAAGUCUGCCCAGCAGGCAUCUGGGACCACCCUAGGCCCGGCGAUUCUUCCAUUGCUUCCUUCAGUGUCUAGUAACAGUAAUCCUGAGGUUCUUCCUUCACCUGUUUGUUCUCAGUCGUCCGGGGUAAGCGGGGGUCAAAGCCCCAUCAGCAGCGACAUGAGUUUUGUGGAGCCCAAUUCAGUGCCGUACCUGCACCUCCACUCCCGGCAGGGGAGUAUGGUCCAGACUCUCGCCAUGCGAAAGGCCUCAAGAGCCAGAAGGAGGCUCUCUCCUCCUACUCUCCUGCCAAACUCCCCAUCCCACAUGAGUGAGCUCGGUUCAUUGAAGGAAGCGACACCAUCACCCAUUAGUGAGUCCCACAGCGAUGAGACUAUUCCCAGUGACAGUGGGAUUGGGACUGACAAUAACAGCACCUCUGACAGGGCAGAGAAGUUCUGUGGCCCAAAGAAACGGCGGCACUCCUUCGACCACGUCUCUCUCGUGCCCCCGGAGACUUCCACGGUCUUGAGCAGCUUAAAGGAGAAACACAAGCACAAAUGUAAGCGCCGGAGCCAUGACUAUCUGGCUUACGACAAAAUAAAGAGGCAGAAGCGGAAGAGGAAGAAGAAAUAUCCACAGCUGCGGGGCAGGCAAGAUCCCGAUUUCUUGGCUGAACUGGAGGAGUUGAUCAAUCGCUUGAGUGAAAUACGGAUUACCCACCGGAGCCACCAUUUCAUCCCCCGGGAUUUGCUGCCCACCAUUUUCCGUAUCAAUUUCAACAGCUUCUACACCCACCCCACCUUUCCCUUGGACCCUUUGCACUACAUCCGAAAGCCGGACUUGAAGAAGAAAAGAGGCCGGCCCCCCAAAAUGCGGGAGGCGAUGGCAGAAAUGCCUUUCAUGCAUAGCCUCAGCUUCCCUCUUUCCAGUACUGGAUUCUACCCCUCCUACGGUAUGCCUUAUUCUCCUUCUCCCCUUGCGGCCGCUCCCAUUGGCUUGGGCUAUUACGGGCGCUACCCGCCAACCCUUUAUCCUCCACCACCUUCUCCUUCAUUUACAACCCCGCUGCCGCCUCCGUCCUAUAUGCAUACUGGCCACUUGCUCCUCAACCCCGCCAAGUACCACAAAAAGAAGCAUAAGCUGCUCCGCCAGGAAGCCUUCCUUACCGCCAGCCGAGCGCCUCUCCUCUCGAUGAGCACCUACCACCCCAGUGUCCCACCAGAGAUGGCGUAUGGCUGGAUGUUGGAACACAAGCACCGCCACCGCCACAAGCACCGUGAACACCGCUCCUCCGAGCAACAGCAGGUUUCCAUAGACAGCUUGGCGCCCAAUGGCCCUUCGAGGACUGUCCUGGAGUCCUUGAAACGCUACCGGUUUGGGAAAGAAGGCGUUGGCGAGAGGUACAAGCAUAAGGACAAGCACCGAUGUCACAUGGCUUGCCCACACCUGUCCCCUUCAAAAGGCCUGCUAGGCAGGGAGGAACAGUGGGUCCGGAGGGAGCCAGCGGAGUCAAACUCCCUCGCUCUGGGAUUGCAGACACCUUUGCAGAUCGAGUGCUCGGAUGUCCCACCCAGCCUUCCCUUGGGCAGGUUCACACCAAGUUCUGAGCCAGCCAGCAGUGAUGAACACACAAACCUUUUUACCAGUGCAAUAGGCAGCUGCCGGGUUGCCGGCUCUGCUAGUUCCAGCGGACGUAAAAAAAUGUCUGAUGUUGCAGGCCUCUUCGGUCCCCAAGAAACGUCACUUGGCCGGGUCCUUCGAAAGGAAACGUUACCCCCUGGGGAAAAGGCAGUUCCAGUCCUUUCAGCGGGAAUCCUUCCAGCACAGGACAAACCCUUGCAGAGGUCAACAGAGGGCACAAGCUCUAGCCCUUCCAGAAAAAGGUCUUCGUCUGAAAGCACAUCUUCCACAGUGACUGGGGUUCCUGCGCGAAACACAAAGCUAGGCUCGGCAGUGGAGGAUCCUGUGGAUAAUCUGUUGCAGCGCAUGGCUCAGCAUGAAAGCCAGAGUGUGCUGGAGAAGACCUUUGAGACCGUUAUGGCGAGUGUCCCUGCUGCGCCCUCGGGGAGCCCCUGUCAGAGCCCCAGCCGGGAGAAAAUGCCAGGGGACUCGGGCAACGAUGGCCUCUCACUCCUUUCCGACCGCUUGUUAAGUAGUUACUCUCCCCAUCAUUUCAAGAGGAGUGUGGUGGAAGCCAUGCAGUGCCAGGCGAGGAAAAUGUACAAUUACGACAAGAUUUUGGCCACUAAGAGAAACCUGGACCACGUGAACAAAAUCCUCAAAGCCAAGAAAUUACAGCGGCAAGCGCGGACUGGCAAUAACUUUGUCAAGCGUCGGCCUGGCCGGCCUAGGAAGUAUCCCUUGCCCUCGGUAGUUUCAUCACAUGUCCUUCAAAUGAACCGGUUUCUCAGCCAAGAGCUGGAGAGCGCAGACCAAGGCUACUUGCUCCACCGUGGCCCCGAUACUGUCAAAGAUGCCAUAGAAUCUGUGGUUCAGGGAGUGAAUGUGAAGGGCUGGAAGAGGAAGAGGUGGCAGGAAGAGGAACAGGCCAGGAAAAGGCAGAAGGCUCUGCCGGAGGAUGAAGAGGAGAGCAAUAAAAGGCUGUUUUUGAGUCCUGAAAUAUGGAAAAGAUGUCAUAGAAAUAACAAUGAUGGUGAUGAUAAUAACAAUACCCACAAGGAGAGCUUUUCUGAAAUGGCAACUGAGUCCACUACUUGUGAGGAAGUGAUAGUGAAACCACGUGAGUUGGAAACCCUUGAGCAGCCGCUGAUUUCUCCUGUCCAGCGGGAAAAGAAAGCUCCACGACCCCCAAAGAAGAAGUACCAGAAGGCUGGGCUAUACUCCGACGUAUACAAAACCACUGACCCCAAAAGCCGACUGAUCCAGUUGAAGAAAGAGAAGCUGGAAUACACUCCUGGAGAGCAUGAGUACGGCUUGUUCCCGGCACCUAUUCACGUGGGAAAAUACCUACGCCAAAAGCGAAUUGACUUCCAGUUGCCAUAUGACAUUCUCUGGCAGUGGAAACAUAAUCAGUUAUAUAAAAAGCCAGAUGUCCCGCUCUAUAAAAAAAUCCGUUCUAAUGUUUAUGUGGAUGUGAAACCUCUUUCUGGUUAUGAGGCUACCACUUGUAACUGUAAGAAACCCGAGGAUAGCAACAAAAAAGGCUGCACGGAUGACUGCUUGAACAGGAUGAUCUUUGCCGAGUGCUCCCCAAAUACCUGCCCUUGCGGAGAGCAGUGCUGCAACCAGCGGAUUCAGAGGCACGAGUGGGUGCAGUGCUUGGAGCGCUUUCGGGCCGAGGAGAAAGGGUGGGGUAUCCGCACCAAGGAGUCCCUGAAAGCCGGGCAGUUCAUCAUCGAGUACCUGGGAGAAGUUGUCAGUGAACAGGAGUUCAGAAACCGAAUGAUCGAGCAAUACCACAACCACAGCGACCACUAUUGCCUCAACCUCGACAGCGGGAUGGUGAUUGACAGCUACCGCAUGGGCAAUGAGGCACGCUUCAUCAACCACAGCUGCAAUCCAAAUUGUGAGAUGCAGAAAUGGUCCGUCAAUGGAGUCUACAGGAUUGGCCUGUAUGCGCUGAAGGAUAUGCCUGCUGGCACUGAGCUGACUUAUGACUACAACUUCCACUCAUUCAAUGUGGAAAAGCAGCAACUCUGCAAAUGCGGCUUUGAGAAGUGCAGGGGGAUCAUUGGGGGCAAGAGCCAACGCAUGAACGGCCUUCUGAGCAAAAGCAACCAACUGGUGUCUGCUCAGAGAAGGCCGAGCCGGUCCAAAGAGAAGAGGAAAUCAAAGCACAAGCUGAAGAAGCGGAAGGGCCAUGCCUCUGAGGAGCCCAGUGAAAGCUCAAGCACCCCAACUCGGUUGACUCCCCAACUGCAAAUGAAGCCUAUGUCCAACAGGGAAAGGAAUUUUGUGCUAAAACACCAUGUUUUCCUGGUGCGCAACUGGGAGAAAAUCCGGCAGAAGCAAGAGGAAGUAAAACAUGCCAGUGACAACAUCCACUCUGCUUCAUUAUAUACCCGCUGGAAUGGGAUGUGCCGGGACGAUGGCAACAUAAAAUCUGAUGUCUUCAUGACGCAGUUCUCUGCCCUGCAGACGGCUCGCUCAGUUCGGACGCGGAGGUUGGCCGCAGCUGAGGAGAACCUCGAAGUGGCACGUGCGGCACGCCUUGCACAGAUCUUCAAGGAAAUCUGCGAUGGUAUCAUCUCAUACAAAGAUUCCUCCAGGCAGGCCCUUGCAGCUCCUUUGCUGAAUCUCCCCCCAAAGAAGAAGAACGCAGAUUACUACGAGAAGAUAUCCGACCCCCUGGACCUCACCACCAUUGAGAAGCAGAUCCUGAUCGGAUAUUACAAAACGGUGGAAGCUUUUGACGGUGACAUGUUGAAGGUGUUUCGUAAUGCUGAGAAAUACUACGGCAGGAAAUCUCCCAUUGGGCGGGACGUCUGUCGGUUGCGGAAAGCGUACUACAACGCGCGUCACGAGGCGGCUGCCCAAAUUGAUGAGAUUGUGGGAGAGACGGCAAGCGAGGCGGACAGCAGUGAGACGUCUAUGUGCGAGAAGGAGAACGGCCACGAGAAGGAUGAGGACGUGAUCCGCUGCAUCUGCGGCCUGUUCAAAGAUGAAGGGCUCAUGAUCCAGUGUGACAAGUGCAUGGUUUGGCAGCACUGUGACUGCAUGGGGGUGAACUCAGACGUUGAACACUACCUGUGUGAACAGUGCGACCUUCGCGCAGUGGAUAGGGAGGUGCCUAUGAUUCCUCGUCCUCAUUAUGCCCAGUCUGGCUGUGUUUACUUCAUCUGUCUGUUACGGGACGAUCUCUUGCUACGCCAAGGUGACUGCGUGUACCUGAUGCGAGACAGCCGAAGGACUCCGGAUGGGCAUCCCGUUCGACAGUCGUACCGCCUGCUGUCCCACAUCAACCGAGAGCGGCUUGAUAUUUUCCGCAUUGAAAAGCUCUGGAAGAAUGAAAAGGGAGAACGAUUUGCCUUUGGACACCACUAUUUCCGUCCCCACGAAACACACCACUCCCCUUCCAGAAAGUUCUACCACAACGAACUGUUCCGAGUGCCUCUGUACGAGAUCAUCCCCUUGGAGGCCGUGGUGGGGACCUGCUGCGUGCUGGACCUUUACACCUAUUGCAAAGGAAGGCCAAAGGGUACGAAGGAACCGGAUGUGUACAUCUGCGAUUACCGCCUCGAUAAAUCAGCCCACCUCUUUUACAAGAUCCACCGAAACCGCUAUCCAGUCUGCACCAAGACCUAUGCCUUUGACCACUUCCCCAAAAGGCUGACGCCGAAGAGAGACUUCUCUCCUCAUUAUAUUCCAGACAAUUACAAAAGGAAUGGAGGCAGGUCAGCUUGGAAGUCUGACCGUGCCAAGUCACAGAGCAAAGAUCUGUGCCAGGAGGAAGACCCCCUUCCCCUCAUGGAAGACAUGAUUGUGAGCCAGGAGCCGGCCUCUAGCGAGCAGGUGCCCCGCCUGGAAGAGCCGGAGAAGGAGGCCCCUUCCCAAGAAAGCGAUGAGAUGGAGAAGAAGGAGGAAGACAGCAGCCCCAUCCCCAGGCGGCCUUGCACUCCAGAGGAACGCCGGCACAUGCAGCGCGAGAGGCUCAACCAAAUCCUCCUUACCCUCCUAGAGAAAAUCCCAGGGAAAAAUGCCAUUGAUGUCACCUACCUGUUAGAGGAAGGUUCGGGGCGGAAGCUGCGGCGACGCACUCUGGCUCUCCCAGAGAGCAGCUUCAGGAAGUGACAUGUGACGCUCCUCCCGCUGAGACAGAGGCUGCGCCUGGCGUUCCGCACAUGAGACUGUUGGAUGGAUGGGCAAGGCUUUGGCCCGCUUUCCUGUGCCCCGCAGUGCGUUUAGGGUGGGGUGGGGUGGGCGGCAGCCAAGGAGGUAGAAGAAGGAAACGGACAAAAAACGGUUCGGUAGCACUUAGACGAUGCGUUUGGGUAGGCAAGCGGCCCCACUCAGCAGUACUGUUACGACUUGUGUGGUGUGGGGCGUGCCUUGUGGUCGGCGUUAAGGUACUCAGAAAAA